CUUUUGAAUUUCUCCAUUAUUUUCUUCAGAGACGUCGAAAUGUCUACAGAAGUCGCAACUGCUGCUACGGCACCUCAAGUUACUGCGCAAGCGCAAGGAAUGCGCAAGAAUGGAAAGCAAUGGCAUCCCCAAAAAUCUGCUUUUCGUCCUACGUCUGGUAUGACUUCGUAUGAGAAGCGACAGGAAGAGCGGAAAGCUACUGCGGCUGUCAAGGCCAAGGAGAAGGAGAUGAAGGAAGAGAAAGAGGCCGAGAGACAGAGGAGGAUAACUGCUCUGAGGGACAAGCGUGCUGCAAAAGAGGAGAAGGCUCGGUAUGAGAAGUUGGCAGAGACGAUGCAUAGAAAAAGGGUGGAGCGAUUAAAGAAAAAGGAAAAGAGGAAUAAACUCUUGAAGUCAUGAUCAGAGCAUUCUGUUCACGGUUAUAACUGGGUAUUCCUGGGAUCUUCGACUCUCUGGGUGAUCUCUCAAAAUCAUGCAUAUGGUGGCGUCUUGGUUUGAUGGCAUGGAAAAGGAUCUGGUGUUUAGGUGCUCUUCUGAAGGGUUGGCAAAAAGAAGUCACGACAAGGAACAUACUUGAACAGUAUCGUGUCCAGCAUACCAAGGAAGCAAUACGCAAUACUGCAAACUUGCAUUGAGUAGGAAUUUUCUCCUAUAAGCUACAGCGACUUUUUGCAAGAGUCAGUGUUCAAGAUAGAAUAUGCGCAGAGCACACUACACAAGAAGGUAGCCACAUCAAGAAACCACAAUAGCGCCCUUCAUUCAGCUGUCAAACCCCCAAUCAAGAGUCUACUCGCCA